AGAAUCGCAACAAUGACUACUUUCAUCCCCUCCCUCACCCUCCCCGCUGCCGUCUUCGCCAGUCCCGCCGCCUCAAUCCUACUUCCAAUUGCAUUGGGAACAGCAGUUGGAUUCAGCGUUUCUCCAAAAGAAUCCCAUAAACACUACCUCGCUCUCAAACAGCCGCCCUACCGCCCACCCCCUCAGGUCUUCGGCCCAGCAUGGACCAUCCUAUACGGCCUCAUGGGCUACUCGGCCUACCGCGCCUACACAGUGGGCAUGUCGCCCUUUGCGUCCGCCGAGCACCAGCUCAUAACCAAGCACGGCGCAACGCUGUAUACCGUGCAGCUGGGCCUGAAUCUAAUCUGGAUGCCGUUGUUCUUCUGGGCCAAGCGACCAAUUGAGGCCACGGUUGAUAUUGUUGCUUUGACUGGUGUAACCGGCUACCUAACUUACCUCUGGGGCUCAGUCGACACCGUCGCCGGCCUAGCACUCGUCCCCUACCUCGGCUGGCUCGGAUUCGCCACCUACCUCAGUGCCGGCGUCGGGUACCUGAACAACUGGGACAUGUCGCACAAGGAGGUCGACCACCCACAUACCAAGCCCACGAAGUUCGUUGACGAGGAGGAGGAGUAA